CCGGGCCCUGCGCUCCCCGAGCGCCGCGCGGCCCUGCCCUAGGGCUCCGGUGUCCGCGGGGCGGCGCCGCGGAACAUGACGGCGCCCUGGGCGGCCCUCGCCCUCCUCUGGGGAUCGCUGUGCACGGGUUCUGGGCGUGGGGAGGCUGAGACACGGGAGUGCAUCUACUACAACGCCAACUGGGAGCUGGAGCGCACCAACCAGAGUGGCCUGGAACGCUGUGAGGGCGAGCAGGACAAGCGGCUGCACUGCUACGCCUCCUGGCGCAACAGCUCAGGCACCAUUGAGCUUGUCAAGAAGGGCUGCUGGCUGGACGAUUUCAACUGCUACGACAGGCAGGAGUGUGUGGCCACCGAGGAGAACCCCCAGGUGUAUUUCUGCUGCUGUGAAGGCAACUUCUGCAACGAGCGCUUCACCCACCUGCCGGAAGCGGGGGGCCCAGAAGUCACGUACGAGCCACCCCCGACAGCCCCUACCCUGCUCACGGUGCUGGCCUACUCGCUGCUGCCCAUUGGGGGCCUCUCCCUCAUCAUCCUGCUGGCCUUCUGGAUGUAUCGACAUCGCAAGCCCCCCUAUGGCCAUGUGGACAUCCAUGAGGAUCCUGGGCCUCCACCUCCAUCCCCUCUGGUGGGCCUGAAGCCACUGCAGCUAUUGGAGAUCAAGGCUCGGGGGCGUUUUGGCUGUGUCUGGAAGGCUCAGCUCAUGAAUGACUUUGUGGCUGUCAAGAUCUUUCCACUCCAGGACAAGCAGUCAUGGCAGAGUGAACGAGAGAUCUUCAGCACACCUGGCAUGAAGCAUGAGAACUUGCUGCAGUUCAUUGCUGCCGAGAAGCGAGGCUCCAACCUUGAGGUGGAGCUGUGGCUCAUCACGGCCUUCCAUGACAAGGGCUCCCUCACGGAUUACCUCAAGGGGAACAUCAUCACAUGGAAUGAACUGUGUCACGUGGCAGAAACGAUGUCACGAGGACUCUCGUACCUGCAUGAGGAUGUGCCCUGGUGCCGUGGCGAGGGCCACAAGCCGUCUAUUGCCCACAGGGACUUUAAGAGCAAGAAUGUAUUGCUGAAGAGUGACCUCACGGCUGUGCUGGCUGACUUCGGCCUGGCUGUUCGGUUCGAACCAGGAAAACCGCCAGGGGAUACCCAUGGCCAGGUAGGCACCAGACGGUACAUGGCCCCUGAAGUGCUUGAGGGAGCCAUCAACUUCCAACGAGACGCCUUCCUGCGCAUUGACAUGUAUGCUAUGGGCCUGGUGCUGUGGGAGCUGGUGUCUCGCUGCAGGGCUGCAGAUGGACCUGUGGACGAGUAUAUGCUUCCCUUUGAGGAGGAGAUCGGCCAGCACCCUUCUCUAGAGGAGCUGCAGGAGGUGGUUGUGCACAAGAAGAUGAGGCCUACUAUUAAGGAUCACUGGCUGAAGCACCCGGGCCUGGCCCAGCUCUGUGUGACCAUUGAGGAGUGCUGGGACCACGAUGCAGAGGCUCGCCUCUCUGCAGGCUGCGUGGAGGAGCGAGUGUCCCUGAUCCGGAGAUCGGUCAACGGCACUACCUCGGACUGUCUUGUCUCCCUGGUGACCUCCGUCACCAACGUGGACCUGCCCCCUAAAGAGUCCAGCAUCUAAGCCCAGGACGUGUCUCUGCAGACUCAGUGGAUCUGAAGAAAAAAGUUGUGUUUUGUUUUGGAAAUCUUAUAAAACCAACAAACACGUAAAAAAUGCA